CCUGCAUGCCUGGCCCUGCCCGCAGCCCCCGGCCUACAGCCCCCCCCAGCAGGCAGCACCCACAGCCCCCGGCUGCACCCUACAGCCAUGCACCGGACCCGGCGAGGCAGAUGGCAGGUUGUGACUUCAAACGAGCGAGACGUGACGCAGAAAACCACAGAGGGAGGAAAAACAGCCUGUUCCUCCCCGUCCCCCCCUCAUCUCCCUUCCCCGGCCUGGGUACAGAGGCGUUGGUGCCCCGUGCUCAGCCGCCAGCGCUGGGGAGGAGGAGGAGGAGGAGGCAGCCAGCGGCCCCAUGGCAGCCUGGCCGCCCGCCCUGCGCCUGCUGCUCGCGCUGGGGACAUGGGCAAUCUGCAGCCACGGAGGAGCAGCCCUGGGCCCUACAGCCCCCCUCCUGCGGCUCACCGGUGGCAGCUGCCGCUGUGCCGGGAAGCUGGAGGUGGACAUGGGGAGAGGCUGGAGCCCCGUGUGCUGGGACGUGGGGAAGCGGGCCACGGCCAGCAUCUGCCAGCAGCUGGGCUGUGGCCCCCCCGCUGCCGCCGGCCACUUUGUGGUGGACAGCAACAAGGAGCCACGGGUGCAGGCGGUGCGGUGCGCUGGGAUGGACAAGUGCCGCUGGCAGCCGGCUAACUGCAGCAGCCACGCCGCCUUCGCCUGCAGUGAGCCGGCGACCACCACCACCAAGCCUCCACCUCCGCCACCGACCACCAGCCCGGAGCCCACCGGCCCCCCCAGGCUGCGGCUGGUGGACAGCAACUUCAGCUGCUCGGGCUUUGUGGAGCUCCACGUGCGGGGGUGGUGGGGGGCCGUGGCGAGCAGCCCGGGCAAUUGGAUGGAGCUGGCUGCCCGCAUCUGCAGCACGCUUGGCUGCGGCAGCCCCAUCGACAGCCCCGCGGCCCCGCAGAGGAGCCAGCUCCUCGUGAAGUGGGAGGCAGUGGAGCCGUGCAGCAGCCCCGAGCUCCUCGACUGCUUCAACAGGACCCGAGACGGGCGCGGGAGAAAGCCCGCCUUCCUCACCUGCUCAGGUUCCCAGCCGCAGGCGGUGCGGAGGCUGGCGGGUGGCCCCACGCCCUGCGAGGGGGACAUCGAGGUGUUCCAGCAGGGCCGCUGGACGGUGCUGUGCGACCAUCGGGCGCAGCGCAACGAGUGGGGCCGGCAGCUGUGCAGGGAGCUGCGCUGCGGCAACCUCUCCUCCAGCACCGCGGUCUGGGAGCCGCCUUCCAUGGGGGUCAGCUGCAGCGCCCGCCACCUGCACCUCUGCCUGGACAGCCCCGGGCCACUCCGCUCCUGCCCCCGCACCCGAGUCGUGUGCCAGGACUCGAAGCCGCGUCCCGCCGGCGUAGCAGCGGGCACCGUGGCGAGCAUCUGCCUGGCCCUGCUCCUCUUCGGCAUCCUCCUGCUUAUCUGCGGCCCUCCCGCCUACAGGUGGCUGAUGAAGAAAAUCUCCAAGAAGAAGCAGCGGCAGUGGAUCGGCCCCACGGGGCUCAACCAGAACGUCUCCUUCCACCGCAACAGCACCGUCACCCUGAGGCCGCGGGCGGACGGGCAGAGGGCGCAGGGGGGGGACAACGACUACGCUCAGCCCCCCCAGAAGAGCUCCUACCUGUCGGCAUACACAGCCCUGGAAGGCGCAGCGCGAUCUUCCAACCCUCCGGACAACUCCUCUGACAGCGACUACGACCUGCAGUCUGCCCGCAGGCUGUGACCCUGACAGGUAGGGGCGGCCCAGCUGCGGCUACUCAAAUUUUGGCAAACCACCUUGCUUCCUGCCCUCCCUCCUCGCCCUGCAGACUGAGGUGGGAUUCAGCACAUGGAGAGAGGUAAAGCAUGAGCUGAACAGAGCUGGCGGA